UUCAACAGGCGAGACUAAACGGAACUGGCGGACUGAAUAAUAACUGCGAAUGGGGUUGUAAAAACAAAAGUUCACCAAGCUGGUUUUUUAUAUUCUAACUUUUCUAUUCUAUUCGGCAACAAUCAAAAGAUCGACAUUUUUUUCCACCGUCGACUUAGAUUUAGUUGCUGUCUCUGCCUUGAUUUGUGACUUUAUAUCAAUGUAGAGUUAUCGGACGGACCGAUAUUUUUUGUUCAGGUGGUCGACCAGUACCUUUUUGGUUGUUUACUUGCUGGCUGCCUUCAAAUUACCCGCUGUGUAUGAGUAACUUUCUCUUUACUAAUUCUAUGCGACAUUUCGCGCUAUCCUAGCUACAAUUAUGGCCGAGGCAGCCCAACAACCACAACUGGUUGAAAUCGACCCGGAUUUCGAGCCUCUCUCCCGGCCCCGCUCCUGCACGUGGCCCCUGCCGCGUCCGGAGUUCAUCAACCCGGGCGACUCCAACACCUCCUCUCCCGCCCCUUCUGUCAAACAAGAACCCAGCAGCAACUCUGAAUUCAUCUCCAACCUCAGUUUAUUAGAAGAGACUGAAGACUACACCGAAGAGGAUCAGAAACCCACCAUCCUCUGCAAUGAUUUCCAAUGUCAGGAAAACUGCAUCCACGACCACCAGCAGACCCCACAGCAUCAGCAGCAGCACCCGGGGAACAGCCCCCAACUCCCGCAGCAACAGCAACAGGUGCUGCUGCUCUCCUCUCCGGCCGGGUCUGCAUCUUCAGUAGCGGCUGCGGCCGCCGCAGCUGCCCAGAGGAAAAGCAGCUCAUCUCGGCGUAACGCCUGGGGCAAUAUGUCCUAUGCUGACCUCAUAACUAAGGCUAUCGAGAGCACCACGGACAAGAGGCUCACCCUGUCUCAGAUCUAUGACUGGAUGGUGAAGAGCGUGCCUUAUUUCAAGGACAAGGGAGACAGCAACAGCUCUGCUGGAUGGAAGAACUCUAUCCGGCACAAUCUGUCCCUCCACAGUCGGUUCAUCCGUGUGCAGAACGAGGGGACCGGGAAGAGUUCCUGGUGGAUGCUGAACCCUGAGGGAGGCAAGACUGGGAAGUCCCCUCGACGUAGAGCAGCCUCCAUGGACAACAACAACAGCAAGUUCGCCAAGAGCAGAGGACGGGCUGCUAAGAAGAAGUUGUCUCUCCAGGGUGGUCCUGACGGGGGAGUAGACAGCCUAGGGGGAGGCACCUACUCCAAGUGGCCCGGUAGCCCCAACUCUCACAGCAACGAUGACUUUGAUGCUUGGAGCGGCUUCCGGCCUCGCACCUCCUCCAACGCCAGCACGCUUAGCGGACGCCUCUCGCCCUUCAUGCCCGAGGACGACCUUGGAGACGGGGACGUGCACAUGGGCUACCCAGGAUCCUCUGGGGCCAAGAUGGCAGGCAUGGCGGGCACAUUGCCCAGCCUGUCAGAGAUGGCGAGUUCUCUAGGCCACCACAGCUCAGAGAACGUCAUGGAGAACCUUCUGGAUAACCUGAACCUCCUCUCCCCCAAGAACACCCAGGUGGGGGGAGGAGGAGGGGGUGUGGGUCAGGGGUCAUCCCAGAACACCCCCUCCCCCCUGAUGCAGGCCAGCCCCGGGGUGGGGGUGGGGUACCCCCCUUACUCCUCUCCUUCCAUGGUCCCCCAGCAACAACCCCAGCAGCAGCAGGACUACCGGAAGUGUCUGUACAGCCAGGCCAGGAUGAAUGCUCUCUCCCCCAUGUCCCCCAACUCCAUGCAAACCCUGGGGGACAGCAAGGCCAGCUUCAGCCCCUCGUCUCUGGGUCAAUAUAACUGUCCUGCUGGCCUCCUCAAGGAGCUCCUGACCUCAGACUCUGACCCCCACGGGGACAUGAUGCCCUCGGUCGACACUGUGGUCUCCCAGUCUAGUGGACGAAGCAGCAUACUGCCUUCCUAUAAUGCUUCCCAGCACGGAGGAGGAGGAAGAGGAGGAGGAGGAGGAAGAGGGGGGAGUCUUCACCCCCACCCACACUCUCACCCUCACCCCCACGGCAUCCCUCAUUCCCAAACCCACCCUCACCCUCACCCCCACAGCCAAACCCCACCGACUUCUGUCUCCUCCAUGAACGGCUGCACCCUGAUGUCUCUGAGCAGUUUGAGCCACAGCGGAGGGGGUGGUAACGGAACCCGCCUGGGGGAUAAGAACCCCAUGCAGGUGCCCUACGGUCUCUCUACCCAUGUAGGACCAGGGGGGAUGCCUGGUGGGUUCUGCCCCCUCAACACUAACGGUUAUGGGCGUCCCGGCCUGGGUCUGCCCCCUGCCCCCCACCACCACCUGGAGAAGCUGCCCAGCGAUCUGGACGACAUGUCCAUUGAGAGGUUUGAGUGUGAUAUGGAGUCCAUCCUUCAUGACACCCUGAUGGACGGAGACUCGCUGGACUUCAACUUCGAACCCAUGGUGACCUCACAGGGGUUCCCGACCCAUGGGGUCAAGACGACCACGCACGGCUGGGUGUCCGGGUAGAGGAUGGAUGGAUGGACACACAUACACGAUGGACGGACAAAAGGACACGUGGACUGAUGGACACACACACAGCUGGGUGUCUGAGUAGAAGGACAGACAGACGAUCGCUCGCACACACACUCUCUCUAACACACACACUCUCUCUCUAACACACACACACUCUCUCUCUAACAUACACACUCUC